AUGUCUGAGACGGUGUUGUUGGUCAACGAAAACAAGAUGCCUACGUACCUAUCGCACACUCCAACACAACUGCCUAGUCUCGACUCUGUUCUGUCCAAGAUCCAGUCGGAGCAGAAAUGGCCUCUUCCAAACCCGACCACUCCGCAUCCGCUAGCAUUGCCUGCUCCUCCAGCCUUGCUUCAGCCUCUCGGCAGACCAAAUAUACCCUCCAUCAAUAUGCCAUUGGCCUCUAUUCGCUACACUCGCCAGGAUCCGCCCCAGUAUGUUGCUCCAAAAGUGUCCCUUCCAACCCCCGAAAUCGCAACAAGACCGGAAAAGAACUCUGACCUCUCGCCACCAAUGCGUCGCUACAAGUGCAAAAUUUGCAGCAAAAUGUUCACCACGUCAGGACAUCUGGCAAGGCAUACAAGAAUACACACGGGUGUGAAGAACCACAUAUGUCCAUACGAAGGUUGCGGCGCAAGGUUCUCGCGACAGGACAACUGCAUGCAACACUACAAGACACACCUGAACACCAAGAAGACGAGGAAACGCGGCAGGAGCGUAUAA